AUGGAAACCGCAUUCUUGAAAUCAGCUGGUGGUACUUCACUGUUCUCGGUUGUGAUGAUGCAGACUUGGCCAAAAUUUGGGCAGAAUCUUAAAGCACUCAUUGACCGGGAGAUCAACUCUAGGCUUGCCUCUGGUCAGAAGCCGUUGGAGUGUGAUCACAACCAAGUACCGUGUGGAAGCUUGAAAAGAUCUGCAUCCGUUGCAUCCUUGAAGCAUUCUGCUUCGGGCAGUAGCUUGCCCAGUGUGGUGAGUGAGGCUGAGGGCAACAAUCGCGAUGCCGAUGCCGAAGUCUCUGAUGUGCCUGUAUCAUCACCGGCGCCGGCAGACUCACAAGAGAGCCAGAUUAUCGUGCAUGGGAAACGAUUGUCUUGGAAGAGGGAUCUGGCGCCACACAUAGACACGUGCCACAGAGGCUUCCUUGUCAAGCGGAUCGGCGACCUUGAAAAGAAACUUACGCAGUCCAAACAGGAUUUGGCCAAGGCGAAGCGUGAGAACAACAAAUCCACGAAACAGUUGGCUAACCUGCAGCUGCAGAUCCACACCAAGGAGCAGGCAGACGAACAAGUCCUCACUGUUCAGAAAACACCGAAAGGUGUCAGGUUCACUACACGGGGAUACUUGGCAAUGGGGAUCAGGAAGGCUUUGGCGAUCACAUCUGCACUAGGGUUUCCCAUGUCUGCACUCGUCGAUGCUUCCCGGCAGACGGUUAUCCGUUGCGAGGUGUGUGUGUGGAGUGUUCUUGUAGCUCGUACGGGGUGUUUCCACGAGAUGGUAAAGCAUCGGCUACGGGCACUGGCGACAAUUUACGCAUGCAUGAACAAGGCUGCUGCCGAGCAGAAGGGUCGUUCCGACAUCACCGCUACUCAUGCAUUGGUUUCAGCUAUUCAGCAGACGAGUGGCUCAGAGUUGCACGAUGACAUAUCGAGAUUUGGUGAGGGAAACGUGGUUUCCAGCGAUUUGGGUCUGGUUCCUAGCUUCGCAGAUGGUGACACACCAUUCUUAUCAUCCUCAUCCGUACCAGAUACAGUGUCUAGAUGGUUCUGCACGGGAUCUGGUGGCGGUGUUGCGUCGGAACAACUGGAGCGAGUCUUUUGCCUGGGUGGCACUGCGUUUGCGGGUGAUGCUACGAACAGUGGUAUUUGGCGGCGGAACAAACUGCAGGGGUUGCUGCUGACCUCUGCAUGUAUGACGGACUCUGUUAGCCUGUCACACCCCGCCGAGUACAUGAAGGCCUUUGCAUUUCACACCACAGUGAUUCUCGUGUGUGACCUGCAAGUCGUGAACUCUGGCACUGCAGCCAACAAUCUGGCAAUCGUCAUGAAGCAACUUCGGACAGCCAAAUGCCCAAACUGGGAAGAGUUGGCAGACAUGUUCGAGCAACUUUCAUUACAUUAA